ACAAGAUCCCGCGCGUGCAGGAAGAGGAGCUCCACAAUCCUAAAUUCAGUCUUAAGAGACUUAGAGAUGGCAUUGAGAACAUGGAGUUAUGCUACCAGAACUUUGCAUUUAAAACCAGCACUACAUGAGCUGUCCAGGAGGUGUCGUGUCAGAAGUCUGUCAUCCACGAGCCAUCUUUUUACAAAUUCAAAUUCAACCCAGACAACACCUCAGAACCCGCAAGUCACCAUUCAAGGCAGAACAUUUGCUCGAGAUGACUUUACCACUGUCACUCCCAAAAUCAUCUCGCGGGUCGGCACCAACCUUCACAACCAGCCCAACCAUCCGUUAUGCAUCAUCAAGGAGAAAAUCCGGGACCACUUUUACAGGAGCUUCCUCAAUCGCCGUGGAAACCCUCUAUUCUCGAUCUACGACCACCUAAGCCCUGUCGUCACCGUCCAGCAGAACUUUGACAGUGUGUUUGUACCGAAGGAUCACAUUUCGAGAAAGAAAGGGGACAAUUAUUACAUCAAUGAGGAGUUUAUGUUAAGAGCACAUACAUCGGCUCAUCAGCAUGAGCUGGUGAAUGCUGGGCUGGAUGCUUUCCUGGUGGUCGGGGACGUCUAUCGAAGGGAUGAGAUCGAUACCAGUCAUUAUCCCGUCUUUCAUCAAAUGGAGGGUGUGAAGCUCUUUACACAUCAUGAGCUGUUUGCAAAAUGCAACAAUGCCACAAAUCUGAGCUUGUUUGAGACCGGGUCAACAGCUAGGACUCCAGACAAACAAGAGACUCAUACCAUGGAGGCUGCCAAGCUGCUUGAGUUUGAACUCAAGAGCAUCAUCACUUCCAUGGCUGAGCUACUCUUUGGGAAGGACAUCCAGUGUCGUUGGAUUGAGGCAGAAUUUCCCUUCACUCACCCUUCCUGGGAGCUGGAGAUCUUCUUCCAAGGGGAGUGGCUGGAGGUACUCGGGUGUGGCAUCAUGGAGCAGAAGCUACUCCAGUCUGCUGGUGCUGGAACAUCUGUAGGCUAUGCCUUCGGUCUUGGACUAGAACGCCUGGCCAUGAUCCUGUUCGACAUCCCCGACAUUCGGCUGUUCUGGAGCACAGACAAUCGGUUCCUGGCCCAAUUCAGGGACCAGGACACCAACCAAGUCAAAUUCAAGCCAUUCAGCAAAUAUCCGCCGGUCAUCCAAGAUAUGUCGUUCUGGUGUCCCGAGUCUGACUACGAAUCCAACGACUUCUACGACCUGGUGCGGAACGUCGGGGGAGAGCUGGUGGAACAGGUCGCAAUGAUUGACGAGUUCACGCACCCAAAGACACACAGGAAGAGCCAUUGUUACAGAAUAACAUACAGGAGUAUGGAAAGAACUCUGGUUCGUGAGGAGGUGAUCCAAAUUCAUGCCUUGAUCAGAGAAACUGCCGAAAGAGAACUGAGAGUAGAGGCACGGUGAUGACAUCUGUAAUAAUUAGGAUUUCAUUUUGUAACAUAAAAUUCCAACAAUUAUAUUUGCUACUUCUAUAGUACUCAUGCCGAUUAAAGAGAAGGUUGAGUUCUGGGAAGAGGUUACAAAUAAUUUGUGAGCGUUAUCAUUGUUAUUAUGCAAGUGUGAAGAACAUUA